AUGGUGCGCGGCAGGAUCUCCCGGCUCUGGGUCCGCGACGUGCGCUUCCCCACGUCGCUCGGGGGCCACGGCUCGGACGCCAUGCACACAGACCCUGACUAUUCAGCUGCCUAUGUCGUCUUAGAGACUGAUGCAGAAGAUGGACUCAAGGGAUAUGGAAUUACCUUUACUCUGGGAAAAGGCACUGAAGUUGUUGUCUGUGCUGUGAAUGCUCUUGCCCACCAUGUGCUGAACAAGGACCUCAGUGACAUUGUCAGUGACUUCAGAGGCUUCUAUAGGCUGCUCACAAGUGACGGGCAACUCAGAUGGAUAGGUCCUGAGAAAGGUGUUGUGCAUCUGGCCACAGCGGCUGUUCUCAAUGCGGUGUGGGACCUGUGGGCCAAACAGGAGGGGAAGCCUCUGUGGAAGCUGCUUGUUGAUAUGGAUCCCAGGACACUGUUAUCCUGCAUAGAUUUCAGGUACAUCACUGACGUCCUGACUGAGGAGGAAGCUUAUGAAAUACUCCGGAAGGGUCAAAUGGGUAAAAAAGAGAGAGAGGAACACAUGCUGGCACAUGGCUACCCUGCCUACACCACAUCCUGCGCCUGGCUGGGGUACUCGGAUGACAUGCUGAAGCAGCUCUGCACCGAGGCACUGAAGGAUGGCUGGACCAGAUUUAAAGUGAAAGUUGGUGCUGAUCUCCAGGAUGACAUCCGUAGGUGCCGCCUCAUCAGAAACAUGAUUGGACCUGAGAAGGUUUUGAUGAUGGAUGCCAACCAGCGCUGGGAUGUGCCUGAGGCAGUGGAGUGGAUGUCAAAGUUGGUCGAGUUCAAGCCACUGUGGAUUGAGGAGCCCACCUCUCCAGAUGACAUUCUGGGACAUGCUGCUAUUUCCAAGGCGUUGGUCCCGCUAGGGGUUGGUGUUGCCACGGGAGAACAGUGCCACAAUAGAGUGAUAUUUAAGCAGCUACUACAGGCGAAAGCCCUACAGUUUCUCCAGAUUGACAGCUGCAGGCUGGGAAGUGUCAAUGAGAACCUCUCAGUGUUGCUGAUGGCCAAAAAGUUUGAAAUUCCUGUUUGCCCGCAUGCUGGCGGAGUUGGCCUCUGUGAAUUGGUACAGCACCUGAUUAUAUUUGACUUCAUAUCAGUUUCUACAAGCCUUGAAAACAGAAUGUGUGAGUAUGUUGACCACCUGCAUGAACACUUCAAGUAUCCUGUGCUAAUCAAGAAGGCUUGCUACAUGCCUCCUAAGGAUGCUGGUUAUUCAACAGAAAUGAAAGAAGAAUCUGUAAAGAAGCACCAAUAUCCAGAUGGUGAAGUCUGGAAGAAACUCAUUGCUGCUCAAAGAAAUUAAGUGCUCAGUCCUAACGCAUUCUUUUUUAGUGAAAGGCUUAAAAAUUCUUGGGUAUGGUUUUAUUAUGGGGGU